AUGCCAUCUUCCCUGCCUCAGAGUAUACAUGUACAAAAAUGAAACAUUUCGUUCGUUAACCAGAGGCGACGGGUUCCUCUACCUGCACCUGUCGUCCAGACGUGCACAUCACCAAAGCCGUUGUCACCAUCAUCGCUACCGCCACCACCACCACCGCCGACAUCGUCCUCAUCGCCGUCGGCGGCAUUUGCGAAAGCGUCAGCAACGGAAGCUGUAAACUCCUAGAGUCAUCCCACUAUGUCCAAAAACAACCGACUUUCACGUCAUGCGCCGAAUGUUCUCUCUCCCCUUUUCGCGCGCUCUCCGCCGCCGACAUGGCUCCUGUCGGUCUGACGGUAGUGGUCUGGAACAGAUACUUAAAUGGCGGCGAAGACUCGCGAGGCGCAAUCGCCUGCGUCCAUACGCGCCUGCGUUGA